GCCGCGCCGUAGGCCGCGCUGAUCGCCCGCCGGCCGCCAUGGCGGAGGUGUCCGAGAGGACGCUGCAGUUUUCUGUGCUGGUGGCGUUCGCCUCCGGAGUGCUCGUGGGCUGGCAGGCGAACCGGCUGCGGAGGCGCUACCUAGACUGGAGAAAGCGGAGGCUGCAGGACAAGCUGGCGACGACGCAGAAGAAGCUGGACCUGGCCUGAGACCCGGCGCGGCCACCUUGCCAUGCCCGCGCGGGAUUCCCGGCGCGGCCCGGGCCUGAGCCACGCUCGCCUUACACACGCCGCCUGCCCUGCCCGGCUGGCUCUUCCUGGAAUGUCUCUUGUUGAAAGUGGAUACAGAGCACUGGAUGGAAAUACUUUCUUCUUCCACUUUAUGAAUCAGUUUUAUUUUAAAAUAAAAAAUUUUAAACAUC